CUUAUAUAUCCACGAAAACUGUAACUCAUCGCAUGGCUAAUAACAAAUAGAGGAAGCUCACUCAGUAUAAAGGCCAGGCAUAUAUAUUGUGUAACUGCAACGUCUCUACCUUACGUUUCAAACACUCACAUUCUGGCAAUCCUCAUAUUUCCUCAAUUUUAACCAAUCCCUCAAGCUGAUACCGCCAUGUCGUUCCCCGUCUGCCUCCUCUCCCGCUCAACAUGGCGGCUCGUCGGGCUUGGCCUCACCACGACUGUGUUAUCUCUGGGAGCCUUGGCCAUCAUCGCUCCCUCUACGGCUGCCAAUACUCUUGGGGUCGUCCCGACCACGUUAGAAGGCCACAGUAUAGCCGAAAAAGCAAUGGUGUUCCUUGGCAUACGGGACUUGGCUGCUGCGACGGCGUUGUUUUGGUUCUACCGUGAAGGCAAGGAGAAGGAGAUGGGAGUACUACUGACGGCCUGGACUGGGGUGUGUUUAGUGGAUACAUGGGUUACGACCCAGGGCCCGAGAGGAUGGGAUAAGGGGGCCAUGGUCGUUGCAUUUGGCGGGUUGGGUCUUUUGCAGUCAUGAUGGAGUUGACGUGUGGAAGGAUUCAUAGAGAAGAGCAACCGGGCCUAGCGGGGGGUACAAUUUACCAUCACAUCCUUCAUGUAGUUGUGGUAUAGUAGGUUGGCGUAAGAGGAACCAUCCUAAUGAUGGAAGUUUUUAGCUACCAACGGAGCAUAUGCUAUAUUGAUGAG